GACUCCCAUCCGAGUCAGUGCGCAGGUCUCACAGCCCCUGAGCGCACCUCCGAGCGACUUCCAAAACGAGAUGUCCUUGGCGGGGUUAGGCAGCUGGCCUAGUCCGGUCAAAUAAAGGCACUAUUCUUGCUGAGAUGCUCUUUUGUCCGAGUUGGCCCUUUCCCUGUCAAACCUCCCUCUCCAGGUCUUCUUGGGUUUCCUCCUCACCGCUGUCCUGCAUUCCUCUUCUUCCCGCGCUUCAAGUCGUAUACCCAAGUCAACACAAUGAUGUGGGAUCUGCGCGGCAACGACACCGCCCAAGAUCGGCGACGUUCUCCAAAUCCUAGAUUUCCAAUCCCAUCCCCUGGAAUUCCGCCAGUGACAGAACUUCAUCGAUCCCAUGAUCCGUUCCCCAAGCCAUUCGUACCGCUCGGUCUGCCCGAAGUUCCGCGAUCAGCGUCACCAAAUCCCCGGCACGGACAUCACCAACAUUCUCAUCCGACUUCUACCGCAACUCAGACCAUUCGUCGCACCACCUCGCAGCAGCUCCGUUUCGCACCACCCACACAGCCUUCAUCCGCAAGUAGUCCUUCAGGCCAUGGUCACCGAUCGCGCGGAAACUCGGCAAGUAGUGCACAUAAGCCUAUAAUUCAUCCUCAGCAGCAGGUGCAGCCACAUGUUCACCAACAGGUCGUGCAUCAUAACGGUCAUGUUCAUUUCCAAUAUUCGAAAUGUACCGGGCGGAAGAAAGCACUGUGCAUCGGAAUCAACUACAAAGGUCAACGACGCGAGCUCCGGGGCUGUAUCAACGAUGCACACAAUGUAAAGCGGUUUUUAACAUCCAAUUGGGGCUACAAAGAUGGCGAUAUUGUAAUGUUGGUCGAUGACACCGAUAAUUCGAGGCAAAUGCCAACAAGGAAAAACAUUCUCGAUGCGAUGCGUUGGCUUGUGAAUGACGCUCAUCCUCAUGAUGCGCUAUUUUUCCACUACUCGGGUCACGGAGGACAGGUUCCGGAUAAGGAUGGGGACGAAGUUGAUGGACUUGAUGAAGUCAUAUACCCUGUCGACUACAAGAAAGCCGGAAUGAUUGUUGAUGACGAAAUGCACCGCAUCAUGAUUCCACAGGUCAAAUCGUUACCAACAGGCUGCCGUCUGACUGCUGUUUUUGACUCUUGUCACUCCGGAACGGCACUGGAUUUGCCAUACAUCUAUCAUUCGAAUGGGCGCCUCAAGGGAAACCACAUCGCUCGUCAGGCUCAAGCAGAGAAGGCCACAAAGGCUGACGUGAUAUCAUUUGCUGGUUGUCGUGAUGAUCAAACCAGUGCUGACACAACGCAGGGUGGCAUGGCUGUUGGGGCUAUGAGCUACGCAUUCGUUACAUCUUUAACAACGAAGCCAGUACAAAGUUACCAAGAACUGCUCAAGUCUGUUAGGGCCAUUUUGAAGCAUCAUUAUCAACAGAAACCUCAACUGUCGAGCUCGCACUACAUCGAUACUAAUCUACGCUUCAUAAUACAAUUAUGUAUCAGUCUUGGUCUCUAGUUGACCAGACAUGUAUAUCUAGUUCCAGGCGGUGAAAACGCACUGAGGUGUGCGAUGGAUAUGAAAUCCACCAUCUUGAAUAAUAA